AUGGCCGAUCACCUUUAUGCACGAAAGAACGAUGCUCUCAAUGUCAACCCUGACAUUGUCAAUGGGCAACGCAGUGACAUUAACAUCACCGUCAGAGGUUCUGACUGGUAUUGGGCUGUCUGCGCAGGUAUCACCAUGAUCGCAUCUAUCGCAUACUUCACGAUGGCUUCGAACCUCGGCUGGACUCCUAUCGCGGUUGAGUUCCAGAGGUCCGACCAUAGGGUUGCCGGCAUCUACAGAGAGAUCUUCUACGCAAGAUACAUCGACUGGUUCUUGACAACCCCCUUGCUACUCACAGAUCUGCUUCUUACUGCUGGCAUGCCCUGGCCAACUGUGCUUUGGGUAAUUCUCGUGGACUGGGUCAUGAUUGUCACUGGAUUAGUCGGAGCUCUCGUCAAGAGCUCUUACAAGUGGGGUUAUUUCGCAUUUGGCUGCGCUGCCCUCGCAUACAUCGUUUACGUGCUCGCAUGGGAAGCUCGUCUGCAUGCCAAGCACGUUGGCCCUGACGUCGGUCGAACCUUUGUCAUGUGCGGUUCCCUCACAGCCGUUGUAUGGAUCCUCUACCCCAUUGCCUGGGGCGUCUGUGAAGGUGGUAACUUGAUUGCCCCCGACUCCGAGGCGGUCUUCUACGGCAUUCUUGAUCUCAUCGCAAAGCCUGUCUUUGGAGGAUUGCUCCUCUGGGGACACCGAAACAUCGACCCUGCUCGUCUUGGCCUUCGUAUUCGCGACAUUGACGAGCGUAUUUUCCCAGAUGGUCCCAACAACAAGACCACGUCUGGACAUGGUGCUCGAAACGAUACUGCCACCGCCUCUGGCGCUAAUGUCAACCCAAACGCUUGA